GAUUGCAUCACAUCCGAGUGAGUUAUCUGAGUGAGUCUGAGGGUGUGUGAGUGAGUUUUUUUUUUUUUUCUUUUUUCUUCCAUUUCACUUGUUUAGUCAGAUCAGGAAGUGUGAUGCUGUGACAGAAGAGGAGGAGGAAGCGGGCACACAAUGGCACUAUGUUUGCUCCUCGGCCUUGUAACAUGAGAGGCCCCCAGCUGAAGACCCUACUGUUUCUGCUGUUUCUGCUGCUGACCGCUCUGACACAGACAGGUAAGACAUGAAGAUUAGUUUCUUCACUCUUUCAACAGCGCUUUCACCUUUCCUGUCUCCUCCCUGAUUUCUCUCUCGGUAUUUUUCUAUUGACUGUUAGUGUAACUUCUCUCCUGGGAGUAAAGACUGCUUUUAUGAGCACUACAGACCAUAAACCUUAAUUUUUGUGAAAGAAUAAAAUCAAUAAUAGUGGAAAGAGCCUCAAGGUUAAAGUUACAUAACUUGUGGGCACCAAAUUCCUCUCUUUUGAGUUUGGACUUUUAUCAUCUCAUUAAACUUUUCAACUUAACAAUUCCAUUUCACACAAUAAAUCCUGCUGAUGGUUUAAAAUGUGUUCUUGGUUUUCUAAUCUGGUUUCACGCUAUUUUAAGAUUCUACUCAACACACCAUUUCCUGUCAGUACGAUCAAAAGCUUUUACUUUGAAACACUUAAAUAGUCAUCUAAAGCCACAUUAUUUUAUUUGCUUUGCACUUUAUAAAAAGCACAGUGGAAGAUUACUGACGACCAAAUUAACAAUUUUGCUUUUAACACUUUUAAUUUAUCGUUUGAUGUGAUUUCUGCAGUGUGUUGCCGUUCUUUUAAGUCAAACUCAGCCAGGGCUUCCCUGAAAGGGAGAUUUUGUAUCUCAGUGGAAACAUUCAUUUAUCUGUAAAAAAUUAUUCAAAGGAAACAAAAGCUCUUUAGUGGAUUUCCUCUUUUAAAGCCUCAAAAUCUUUAUCUUCUCUUGGGCAACAAAACAACAUGACAAAGCCAUGUCGGGAACAAAUUGCUCAACAUGUUUUAAAAUCUCCGCCUACUCAGACUCAAUUUCGCAAGAAUUCAUUUUUAAUUCUUAUAGCAACCGCUACAAAUCAUGUACACAGGUGUUUUUAAGUUACUAUGUAACCUCACUGUGACAGUUAUUCAACCCCACUGCUGAUCUUAUUAUAGACAGGCCUGUGGAGAUAACACUCUGGUUUCAGUUAUGGUUUUCACGGUGGUGCUGCACAUGUUUUCUGUAAAGUUUCACUGCAUGCUCUUUAGUGACAAGACAGUGUGUUGACACAUGAAGUAAUGCACGGUUUUCAAUUGCAGCGUUGUGUCAGGAAGAAGAUGGUGUUGAGCCAGACGUAACUGAGACAGAGGAGGAGACCACUGACCUAGAAGCAGCCGUUGAAGAUGAAAUAGUGACCCCAGGUAAGAUGUGAAAAAACACCAGGAAUAAUAAUGCAGCCAAAAGUAGAUGGAUGGUGGUAAUUUUUCACUGAACAUAAAAUGUGAAUGGCUUUAUAUUUGUUCUUUCUAAGAAUAUAUUAAAAUUACUAUGGAUACAACUCCUUCAGUGACAGGCUGUUAUCAGUGUCGUCCCACACUGACAGAUUGAGGAGGUCAUUUGUCCCCCAGGCCAUUCGGCUCUUCAACUGCUCCCUCUGAGGGGCCCUGUCUACAACAUAUCCCAUCCAUGAACAAUCAAUCAGCAUCUGCAUUUUUUGCACUACUGCAUCCAUUUGCACUGUUUACUGUGCCUUCGUAAUGCUGCACUACUGCCCUAUGGUCAUGUUUAUACACUGUUUUUAUUUAUUCUUUAUUUAGUGUAAAUAUUGUUACAGUAUUUGUAUUUGUAGAAUGUGUACUGUGUUUAAGUGGUGCUGCCUCUGUUUUUUUUAAUGAACAUCUGGAACGAUUUAAGUAUCUGUCUAUCUGUCUGUCUAUCUAUCUAUCUAUCUAUCUAUCUAUCUAGAUGAUGAUCAUCGCACACUCUACAUUCUGUUUAUUUCUUGUUCUCUCUUGAGCAAGAGAGAAUAAUAAGAUCAGCAGCAUACAUGUGGUGUGCCCACCUUUGACUGAUUUAUUGUUAAUAUCUUUCAAUAAGUGAUACUUACCAUAAAAGUGGGCUUUUUUACUCAGAAUAAGCACAGUACUUGAGAUAUACUUGAUUGCUGCCCUUUAUUAUUAUCUUGCUAUUUUCUGUUGUUGUAUUCUUUGCUUUUCCCACAUUUCAGAGGAAAUACUGAAUCCCUUACUUCAGUACUUCUGUUUCAAACUCACCACACCCUGUGAUUACUUCAUUUUCUGUUCAUAAAUUCUUGAGAUAUCUUGACUGGAUUAAUUCAACUUCGGGGGAGUAUAGUAGGUUUACAUCGAUAACGGUUAUGUUUUUUUUUUUUGCCAUCCCCUGAUAUUGAAUCCAGUUUUGUACUCCUAAUCUCUGUACUUACAUUCUCCAAGGGACUUCAUUGUUCUGCAUUUAAAUUAAACUGUGUUUCAGUCAUGAUAGAAGAGGAAAUGUGGAAAAAAAUCUGGGAUAAAGCGAGCGAAAUUACAGCCUGUAAUUGGACGAUAGUGUCACAACUCAAAAUAUUACACAGAACUCAUGUGGCUUUAUACCAUCUCUAUAUAUAUUGAAAAUAUGUUUGUCCCUUGUAUGUAAAACAGAGGUUGGCAAUCCCACUCACUGUCUCUGGUCUUACAUGACUAUACCAAAAUACUGGAGUGAUGUCAGGCGUCGCUGCCUUGUGUCUUCCUUGUGGCUUUAUAAGUGUUUUAAUAAGAAAAAAAACUAUGAAGUUUUGACACUUGAAGACAGUAGAAACAUUUUUACUCAUUAGAUUUUCGAUAGAGCCCUGUCAUUCACUGGGUAGCAUUAGAUAAUAAUGGACUAUAUACUCUUGGACUUGUUGACGUCUCCAAAAUAAGUGUUUUCAAAAGGUUAUGGAAACUAUUUCUUCAGUGUUUAUGUUUACAUAUCUACAAUAAUGGAAAGAGUAUUUUCUUUAAAGUUAUAUAUUUGCCUUUAUCAGACAGUGCAGCUGAAGAGAGACAUGAAAUGUGGGGAGCAGAGAGUGGGGGGAAAAGAUGCAACAAAGGGUUGAGGCCAGAAAUAGAACUAGCAACUGCUGCAACAAGGACUAUAGCCUCUAUAUGUGAAGCAAUUAGACAGCCAGGCCAUCAGUGGCCCAGAAGAGCAUUUUUAAUAGAAAUAAGAAUAAGUUGGUCAGCCCUAGUCAUAGCAGAGUACAGGUAUAGAUGUAUAUUUUAGGGAACCUCUAUUUUAGGGAAACAAGAGAGUUCUGUUUUCUUCCUGUUACGGCACUUAACCUAUCUGGUCUUUAAGCAACAUGAUGUCCACAGACUUUUGGCAAUGUUUACAUCGACAACUCAUGACUCUUCAUACUUCAGAUUUAGCCCACGUGUCCUACUCUCCCUCUGUUUGUAGAACCAGAAGUGACGGAUCCUGACGCCACCUCCGCACCUACUCAGCAGGUCCCUGAAGACACAGGUCAGUCCACAACAACUUCUAUCCUACCAUUGGUCAUGUCCUACCAAAACACCUCUGAAUGCAGCAACUGAAGAAGAAAUGUUUCACACAUAAUGUGCUGUACAUGUUCUUUUCUGUGACAUAUAAAAAAGGUUGUCCAUGGGCAAAAAUUACCAAAACAUUUCAGUAAAAUUUUCUUUAUAUCCUUUAUUGUUAAUUUCAUUUGGAAAUACCACAGAAGAAGACAGCAGCUCUGGAGAUAGCGCCAUCCUUCCGGACAAUGGAGGUAUGUGAGACUAAUCUUAUCUAAAUCUGGUAAAUAUAAAAGUAAUUUAACAUUUAUUUUACUUUGAAUCAUAAAUAUUCUGCUGUAUAACUUUUUUAUACGAUUAAGCCUCCUUUUAAAUGAGAACUAUUUUGCAGAAUCAACACCGGACCCUGGCAUUAUAUACUCAACCUCUUCUCCAGAUGUGGAUGAAGGUUUAGGUCCCAUCAUCAUCCUGAUUCCUGUGGUUCUGGUGGUUGUCAUCAUCGGCAUGAUAGUGUGUGGUAUUCUCAUCAACCGCAGGUGGAACAACAAAGCCAGAGAUCAGGGUAUGUCUGUCAGAAGUAGGCGAUCUAUAAAGGGUCAGCUCAUCUGAACAUUUUACUAAAAUUACAAUGUUCUUCUGCCAUAGAGUUGAGAAAAGAGGAUCCUUAUUUGGAUGGGUCAAGUACAGAGAAAGUGCCGAUGUAAGUAUUGACGUUUACACAUGAUUGUUUUGUUGCUUAUGUCAAAUGCGGUUAACUUUGGUUGAAUUUAAGUUUUAAUGAAAUUUGAUAUUUGUUGCUUUCUGCGAUCUCCACUGGGUUUAUGCUGCAUGUAUGAGAGUCCUGUUGAAGUCAAAUAGUGGCAUUUUGGGAACCCUCUUUGUAUGCUGUUUUUUUUCUAGUUAAUAAGUUUAUCAGAUGGCUUGUGCAGUCCUUACUUCAACCAAUUAUACAGUUUAAAAACACUUUUUUUUUAAAAACUUUCAAUCAGAUGAAAUUAUCAGGGCUCUAAAGAUGUCCCUUAUACUUUUGCCGAUGCUUUUCUCAACAUUGAAAUGCAGUUGAAAGGAAACCAGUUAACUAGACCCACGCCAGAGGUAAGUUAAAUGUAGUAGGAAGUCCAGUAGAGUAGAAGUUGUAGUUUACAUGUAAGCUCAGUUAGUUCAUUAUUUGGUUCGUCAGCUAAUGAGUCACUUAACUUGCGAGCUAUUGGAUGGCAGACAAAAAAAAAUGGAAAAAUACAAACAAAAAAACUUUUAAGUGAACGCAACUGCUGGAUGCACAAAAAUCACGUAACAUUUUGUACACUCCAGGCCAAUGUUUGAGGAAGAUGUUCCUUCAGUGUUGGAGCUGGAGAUGGAAGAAUUGGACCAAUGGAUGAAAAAGGAUGGUAGGUAUAUUUCCAUGUUAUAUUUCAACAUUGGCUGUAUCAUAUGGUUGGUCAAUACUUAUCAUUACUGAGGGGCUGUUGCAUGUUUUGAUAACAGCUUUAUUUUCAAACUAUUCAACAAAUGUAAAAUAAAGAAAGGAUAAUUGAAAGGCUGCUCAGCAAGUUUGAUGAUGUAAAAAUAUAUCAAGUGAUGUAGAUAUGUCUGAAUCUACUGUAAGUAUUUAUCAUCUAAUUUACUGUUUUGAGUGUGUUUCUAAUUACACUAUUUUCUCUGAUUGGUCUGUUCAAGACAUACUUCAGACACGGUCCAUUUGUACUGAUAAAGUACAUUUAAAAACAACAGAAGUUGUCCAAAGUGAUUUUCAGACAUUCAUAAAAACAUAAAACCCACUGAAACACUGCCCUCUUUUACUGCAUGUCAUACCCCACACUCCCUCUUAGUGUCGGUCUCUAUCCACUAUCUGAGCCUCCCGAAACAGACAUUAAAUCAACUUCCUAAAAACAGAUCUCUCAUGUUGAGCCAAAAGUCUAGGAACAGAAGUGUAUUUCAUUCAAAAACAGGCUCCAACAAAUGUGAAGGAAGAGCAACCUGGAGAGUCACCCAUGCUUCAGGUUUGCCCUUUGAAAAAGGAGACAAUUUAAGUGUAUGAUAAAGUGUGGGAGCUUCUCCAGCAGAGGUCACUCUUACUCAGGUUUUUAGAAACAGUGAGCGAACAAAGACAGGCAGAGUUCUGUGACACUGUCCUGUUAGAUGUCAAAUUUUCCAGAGUAUGUUUCCCUUUUUUUGUACUUUAUUACUUGUGAAAAUCACUUUUGAUACAGAAAUAAUUGUUUUUUUCUGACUUUCUUUAAGGUGCAAAUGCAGAGGAGUCUAAACUAGCAUGAGUCGAUUUUAUGGUAAGUAAACUUUACACUUCUUACGUAAAUGUCUUGUUUAUGAGGAAACUGAGUUUAUUGACCUCCAUGUGUUGUGAUCACAGAGCUUUUGAGUUACCUUUUGGAAAUGAAUACCUCAGAUAGUUACACUCUGAAACACGUCUUUUUACUUAAAAACAAAAAUGCAUGAAUAAGGUGCAUGUGUAUUUCUGUUUUACUCUUAUAAAUACUUCUCUCCUAAUCUUCAGACUUGACUACUUCUUUGAAAAUAUGAAUAAUGAAACAAAGAAGUUGCAGCAUGAGUAUUUAUUGAUUUAUUCAUUAAGAGCUGCAGGUAUGUUUAUGACUUUCUUAACUUAAAUGCACCCAAAACAAAAAUGCAGCUUCAAUUUUUCACAGUGAUUUACAUUUUUACACCAGGGUCUCUUUGUUUGGUGAGCCAGCUGCUCCCAGUAUCACAGUGAUUCAAGACCUCUUACCCUCUCAUCAUUACACAUGUUACUGUUUGAAAGCACAAACACUUCAAACAUCUGUUAGCGAUUACAACAGGCAUGCAUGGAAGUGUGGUGCAACUUUGCCCAAGGAUAGUCUCCUUACUGAAAGAGCUGGGAAGAUGAGGUCAAGGUCCACUCAGUGAACUGUUGACCAAUGUCAUGUACACACUGCUUUUUCUCAGGAUUUUAUUUCCAAAGCUGGCCAAGGGUUAGAGGGAACUUUCAUUCAACACAGAGGCUCUCUGUACACAUCAGGUUACACAAGAGAGCUCCGCAUAGAAGUAAAUGUAAUGUUACGUCUGCUGUGGUUGCGCAAUGUGAUGCCAUCUACUGCAACAGUGGCGAAAUUCCACAGCAAAUUAAGCACAACAAUGGAUCAGACUGAAAGAGAAAUCAAACAAACACUGGUGUAAAAGUGGCAUAAAUUGUAAGAUAAGUCCUGCUGUCAAAAGAAAAGUGUCAAGCUAAGGUAGUCCAAAAAAACAAACACAUCAAACAAUGAACACAGUUGUCCAUAAUUCUAUGACGAACAAACUUGGUGACAACGCAGGAUAGUUUGUUGAAAAUCAACCACAUUGUUUACAUUUCUCUCAGGCAAUGCAAGCAACACAACAACCUCCACAUCAACACAUUACAAGUGCUGUGAGCAUGUUGACUGAUGGUUGAUUAUUUACCCAUCCUGCAGGAAAAGAGCUAAAUUAGCAUCAUUCUGGUAUCAUGUUUCUGAUCACAAAAAUAAGCCCAAGUUAAAAACUGCUCAGUUUGUGUGUCCACAGAUUCUUCAUCUACAUGCUCCACCAUCCUCACUAUCUAACUGCUUCACUAUAAGCUGUGUGUUGAUUAGUAGUAGUGUGUGUUUAUGCAGAAGGGUGUCAAGAAUUCAAUGAUUGGGUCGGCCUCAUCAUGACCACCCCAGAGAGAAUUUAAAAUAAGAAAACUUUUUGAUUUAGUCGCGAGAGUCUUAAUCUAAAGGCUUGUAAGGCACGUAUGUAAUAAUUUUAAUCUGCAUGGUGUAACUGGUUACUUUUGGUGUUUUCCUGAUAUCUUGUGUAUUUAUUUUUCUAAUGUAUAUAAGUACUACACUAAAGGAACCCCAAAAUGCAUUUCAAUUGCUAGAUUUAGUAGAGUUAGAUCAACACAGCAGCUUCUAAUUCUCGUCUUAGUGCUCUUAUGUCCCAUCAUUGCCGUAGCUCAUCUGUAAAUGUAGUCCUCUGAUAGCAUCAAGGUUAGAGAUAGCUUAUGGUUACUUAAAAAACUGUUUAAAUGGAGCUUGUGUUCGAAAAUACUCACCGGUAAUGUCCACGCUUUUUCUGCAAAUACAUAGCCCUACUAUGACAUUAAAGCCCCUUUUAAAUCUAGAAAUAAUUAGAAAGAAAUAGGAUCUAAAAUUGAUGACCUUACCCAGGCGACACAUUGAAAGUCAGUUUAUGACACCUCUGGUCACAAGAUGGUGUUGUUCAUGCAGUUUGAUGAAGGUAGACUGAGGAGACGCUCAUAAAAACCUCCAAACUUUGAUCUUUUAAGAUGUAACAUUGCAGAUCGCUGAUCAUAAAAGUAAUCAUUUGUAUGUUUGCAUUUCUGGACAUUAGAUUUAAAUCCUCAUUGGCCAUUUUUACAAGUUCUUAUUCUACUGAAGACGCUGAAAUUCCAGAUGGACCACUGCGACUUUAGGGCAAAUUCCCUACAUAGAUUUCUCUCAUCUUUUAGUUUUUCAGAGUGGGCCAUGCCCCCUUGGCCACACCUCUGUUAACACCCCUGCGUACAAGAUGAUUUGGGCAAAACUUUGUUUCCUUUCAUGUUUCAGGUCAAGCGCUUUUCUGCUGAUCUUACAUUGAUCACAGGUGAAAGGGAUUGGCUGUGUCAUGGUCCACAGUGAUCAAAACCCCUUUUUUGUUGGACUGAUGGCUGGAGAGGACAGAAAUAAUGAUCAGAAGAAACUAGACACAACAGGCAGUAACUGUAUUCUAAAAUGACUAGACAUGCACUGUGAGAGAAAGACCAACCCAAGCAUGUUACUUCCUCUAUAUUGACAUUGUUAAAACACCAACUAACAGUAAAUUUUGUGAGACACUCGGCAUAAAGAGCUUCUCUUGUCUGAACUCUUUCUAACAUUUUGAGAAUUUCUCCCUCUCUGCACAUUCAACUCAAAAUUUGCAUUAAGUUUUAAAAAAUUUGAGUCGGGUGCAAUAUUUUUCCAGACUUUCAAUCGGGUUUAUAGAUAGAAGGGCUGAGACAACCUUGUUGAUUUUAAUGCACAUUAGCGCAUCAAUACAAUUUGGUACAAAUGUGUGAGGCUUUAAUUGCCAUAAUCACAUUAUUUCCAAAUGUUGACUGCUUCUGUACCACACAACUCCUCAUAAUAAACCUAAUUGAGUCAAAGCUCCUGUGAAGAGAAUUUAAAUGGAUAUGAAUCAUACUCAGUUAAACAAUGAGGCCUCUUUGUGGCCUAAAUAAGCAAACAAUCGUAAUUCCAACUGCUGCUGUGAGGGGGUUGUCAGACAAACAAAUGCCCUCCGAGGUUAAAGAAAACCUCUGUAAUUUUCCACAGCACAUAUAUUCAUGAUGAACAAGUGUUAAAAGACUUAACACUCAUGCAGGAGUAGAUCAGGGGUAUCACUUUGACCACAGGGGGCACUAUAAUUGGCAGAUUCAGACAGUCUCUAACAGGAGCUUUCAGUGGUUCAGCCUGCAUGUUGAUGCUCUAUGACAGGAGGGGAGAGAUUUUUACAUACCCGUUGUUAUUUCAUGUAAAGAGUAAACACAAGCAGGAAAUCUAUGCAAACUGGCUGAAUAAUAAGUAAAGUUCAACACAACUCUCUACUGUGAUUACAAAGUCUGUCAUUACACUGAGGAUUACAGACGCUUGAUCUCCGUGUGUGUGCGCGUGCAUGUGUGAGUGUGUGUGUGUGACUCUAAUGUUGUCACCUCUCUCUUUUGUGACUCUUUUACUACAGGUCAACAAAGGACACUUCCCUGGUAUGCAAGGACACGCAGCCAACAAUGUUUUGCUGCCAAUUCAGAGUGUUUGACCUUCUAGCAACAUUUGUGACCAGGGGAACUAAUUUAACUGCCAGGAAACAACAUCAUGACUCUUAAAGGACACUUACAAUGGAAACAAACCUGCAAGAGUCGGACUUCGGCUUGUUAGAAAGUAGCUCUGAGUAGUCGGUGUUUUGCUUUCAGGUGUUGUUUCUGCCAUGUUUUGCCUGUUUUUGAUUGUAUUGUUGAAUUGUUGAGCAGUUGUGUGAGGAAAAAUGCACAGCUUUUUUUCUCUUGAAUAAUCAGCCUUAACGAACAGUGUUUAGUUUAGACAUAAAAUCUUUAGUGUAGCAGUAACCAAACAUUCCUCUUCUGCAGACUCGCAGCGUUAAAAGAGUUUGUGGUUGUCUUUAAGAGCGUUGGGCUGUACCGUACCCCACCCCUGCACGUGCAGAUAUGACUGCUCAUAGUUCCUGCUGCUGGUUCCCCUUCAGCUCUUCAUUGUUGUAUCACACUGUGAGACUCCCUACAGCUGCAGGUCUUCAUGGGGAAAUAUCCUGUUGCAGAUGGCAGGCAUGCAUGACAGAGAAGGCCACUCCUUUAUAUAUCUGCACACAGCUUGUUGUGAAACUUUUUUAUUCUGAAACUGAAAUCUCAGAGUGAAAUCAAUUGGAUUCUAUCUCUGUGUCUUUUUUGAUAAAUUAUUGCAUGUUGCUGAACCAGCUUUUUUUUGUAAAAGCUGCUGCUGAUAUGAUUAUCAUCUCAGCAUAGAUAAUAACUCUCUGACUGAAUGCUUCUGCAUCCUUGAAUGUUUUUUCUACAGUUUGGGCUUUUUUAAUUGUUGUAUCAAAGCAGUUGUGACUCUGAUCUCAUUGUGAGUGCAACCUCCUAAAUGUGUCAGUCAGUAUUUUGCAGUUCCUUGCACUGUAAAUAUAAGAAAAUUAUCAACCAAGAGGUAAUAUUGUCAAGAAAUGCCCUCUGUAAAUAUUUCAUACGAGGCUUUAAUAUUGUUUAUUUGCUUAUGAAGCUUUGAAUAAAAUUACAACGGACAAAA